AUGAACUGGACAGGAGGUCGUCUCCACCGGCAUUCCACCACCAACGCCCCCAAGCACAAAAGACAAGCCAUUAGAAAACCAUCUCAAGGUCCACAACAAGUGACUCUAUUCCACAAGUUUACGCAAACCAAGGCCUACGAUCCUGAUCAGCAUACACCGAACGACAAGGAGAAUCAUUCCAGUCAUCCAAAGCAGUCCCCUGCAAUCUUAACAUCUUUGUCACCAAGCCAUCAAUCCUCGAAAGAACCCACUCGUCUAGAGCAUAUCAAACGUCAACUCUUGGCAAAGACAGACUGGGCCGCCGUCUCCGCUGCGCGUCCAUUAAAGAUAACCUUCCCGCAGCUGGAAGAGCUGGCGCAAUUUGGCAAGAGACGGAAGCUCAGAGAGGCGGACAGGAGGAGGUUGGAUAAAUCCAAUAACCAAGUGUCCCACGAGGAGAGACUACUCUUUCGUAAGGGAUUCCGGAAGAAUGAAACGUCUUCGGAAGUAGGGACUAUUGAUGGCCUGGAGAUAAGGAUUAACGGGAAGAAGGCGGGAGUUGAUCAGAUGCCUACAUUCGAGGAUAUCCAGCAGAGCAAUCUAUCAUCGCAGCAAUGCUGUUGGAUCGUGAGGAGAUUGUUCUUCGGGAACAGUCAAGUGCAUCGAUGGUAUCAAAUGUGA